GUUGUGCAGCAGUGCCUCAAGCUGGGUGCCGCAUCCGCCCGCUACGUGAGCGGCUCUAUGGAGGACACCACGUUCCCCGAGGUGGUGGUGAAGGAGGCUGAGAACACCUGGGGAGGCCUUGACAUGCUCAUCCUAAAUCACAUUGGUCACACCUACUUCAACUACUUCAACGGGGAUGUUGGGCACGUACGAAAGCUCCUGGAGAUCAACUUCCUCAGCUACGUGGCGAUGACCAUGUCUGCCCUGCCCAUGCUGAAGGAGAGCGAGGGCAGCGUCGUCGUCGUUUCAUCCAUGGCAGGUAAAGCUGGUGCCCCGUUUACAGCUCCCUAUUCUGCAACUAAGUUCGCCUUAGACGGAUUUUUCAGCUCCUUGCGACAUGAAUUCAUCAUAGACAAGGUCAACGUCUCCAUCACACUCUGCAUCCUGGGCUACAUCGACACAGAGAACGCCGUGCGAGCGGUCUCGCACGCCAUCCGGGACACGCCGGCACCGAAGGAGGAGUGCGCACUGGAGAUCAUCAAGAGCGGGGCGCUGCGCCGGCGGGAGCUGCACUACCCAUCCCAGGCGGUGGGCAGCCUGCUCCUCCUCCGGGGCAUAGCCCCCGACUUCCUCGACUCUCUCAUCAGGAGCAACUAUAAGGUGGAAAACAUCAGAAGAACAUAG